AUCUUCAUUAAUCCACUGCACUGAUCAGUUUACUCAACUCGGCUCUAUAGUCUUGCUAUGGUAUCUUUGUUUUAGAGAGAGAGAGAGAGAGAGAGAGAGGAGUUUUCUUCAGUAGUUUUGUGGAGAUUGGGUUUUGUUAAAGCUACAAAUGAGUAGCAGUGGAGUUCGUUUUUCCGCGGCUGUUUUCUUUCUUGUUCUAGUAGUAGUACUGGUUGGAUGCGGAGUUGAAGCAGAUCUUGUUAGUCAUGAAGUUAAAGAUGAUAAACACUUACUUGGUCAUCCCAUUGGCCUUGGAGGAGGUUUAGGUCAUGGCAUUUUUAGAAAGGGGUUUCCACAUGGACUUGGCAGAGGUGUUGGUCUAGGUGGCGGUGCUGGUGGAGGUUUAGGUGGUGGUGCAGGAGGUGGUCUUGGAGGUGGUGCUGGCGGAGGUUUAGGCAAAGGAGGCGGUUUAGGUGGUGGUGCUGGCGGUGGAGGUGGUUUAGGGGGUGGUGUUGGCGGAGGAGGUGGCCUUGGUGCUGGUGGAGGAGGCGGUCUAGGUGGUGGUGGUGGUUUAGGAGGUGGCAGUGGUUUAGGUGGUGGUGCAGGAGGUGGCCUUGGUGGUGGUGGUGGAGGCGGUCUUGGUGGUGGUGGUGGUUUAGGAGGUGGCAGUGGUUUAGGUGGUGGUGCAGGAGGUGGUCUUGGCGGUGGUGCUGGCGGAGGUUUAGGCAAAGGGGGUGGUCUCGGUGGUGGUGGUGGUUUAGGGGGUGGUGGUGGUUUAGGCGGUGGUGUUGGUGGAGGUUUUGGAAAACAAGGUGGUCUUGGAGGUGGUGCAGGUGGAGGUUUAGGCGGAGGAGGUGGAAUUGGUGGUGGCGGCGCAAAUGGUGGGCUAGGAGGUGGUGCAGGAGGAGGUUUAGGUCAUGGUGGAGGUUUAAAUGGUGGGUUAGGACAUGGGGGAGGUCUAGGUGGUGGUGUAGGUGGUGGUUUAGGUCAUAAUGGCGGUCUUGGAGGUGGUGUAGGUGGUGGGCUAGGUCAUCAUGGAGGACUAGGAGGCGGCACAGGUGGUGGAUUGGGAGGUGGUGCUGGAGGAGGAGCUGGUGGGGGAGGUGGUCUUGGAGGAGGAGCUGGUGGAGGAGGGGGUCUAGGUGGAGGAAGCGGCGGAGGUUUAGGAGGUGGUACUGGUGGUGGCCUUGGCGGUGGAGCAGGUGGGGGAGGUGGUCUUGGAGGAGGAGCCGGUGGAGGAGGGGGUCUUGGUGGAGGAAGCGGCGGAGGCUUAGGAGGCGGGGCUGGUGGUGGUGCAGGUGCUGGUGGAGGCUUCGGAGGGGGUGCAGGUGGCAGCGGAGGCUUUGGUGGAGGAGGUGGAGGUGGUUUAGGUGGCGGUGUAGGUUCAGGAGUAGGGUUUGGAGCUGGUGCAGGUGGGGGUUCCGGUGGUGGAGUGGGAGGCGGUGGCGGUUUCGGUGGAGGUGGUGGAGUAGGGGGUGGUUUUGGUGGUGGCCAUUAACUUGCCCUUACCUGUUAUAUAGUACUGUACUAGUACUUUUCCUUAUUCCAUAAUGCCUUGUUUAUGCAGUCAAUUAGUGCCUGGCUUGUUUAUGGAUACAUCCGGAGUAGUGAAAUUUAUUUGGUUUCCUUUUCUGCCUAUUUUAAGAGAUUUAUCGCAACCAGUUGUCAUCAGAUCUCUCUGAUUGACUUUCGUUUUUUCCAUAUCAUGAAUUGUAAUGCAAGAGCAUUUAAGGUUUGUGUUGUUUUCACAUGUUUUUGUUAAUUGUUUCGAACAAUUGUGAUUGUAUAUAGUGCUUUUCUUUUGAUCUCGAA